UUUCCUGAUAAAGCAAUUGAUCUCAUGGACCAGGCAUGCACUACCGUAAAGUUGCACGCCAGCAAACAAAGAGAAAUAAAUGCACCGGGCGAGCUAGUCGUUGGUCCAGCUCACGUCACGCAGGUUGUGAGCCGAUGGACUAGAAUUCCUGUCACCACACUUGAUCAAGGCGAGGAAAAGCUGGCCCAUUUAAUAGAUAGAUUGCAUGAGCGGGUUGUUGGCCAGAAUGAAGCAGUUAAUUUGGUUGCGCAAGCAGUGUUAAGUUCUGGGGUAGGUCUUGAUAAAUUUGAUCAACCUAUAUGUUCUUUCCUCUUUUUGGGCUCGACCGGUGUUGGAAAGACAGAGCUUGCCAAAGCACUUGCCGAGAAGCCAUUUAACAACGAGAAGAUGUUAGUUCGCUUUGACAUGUCCGAGUAUGCUGAUAGUGGAUCGUUGUCGCAUCUCAUUGGAGGAUCUCGAAGCUAUGAAGGAGAGGGACAACUCUCAGAGAAAGUCAGGCGCCAACCAUAUAGUGUUAUCCUUUUUGAUGAGGUGGAUAAGGCAAAUUCCUCGAUUAUCAAUGUUUUUACUCAACUCCUCGAUGAUGGUAUGUUGAUUGAUGGAAAAGGACGGAAUGUAGAUUUCAAGAAUACAAUCAUCAUUAUGACUUCAAAUCUAGGAUCAGAGCACCUGUCAAAUGGAUUGACCGGAGAAAGCACAAUGGAAAAUGCACGUGAUCUUCUCAUGAAAGAGGUUGAGAAAUGCUUCAAGCCUAGUCUUAUCAAUAGACUGAGUGAAAUUGCAAUAUUUGAACCGCUUUCACGCAACGAACUUAGGGAGAUUGCAAAUAUCCAAAUUAAGAGAAUCGUUGCAAUGAUGGCUAAUAAGGGAUUUUCUUUAUGUGUGACUGAUGCCGCCUUGGAAGUAAUUUUAUCGGAAUCACAUGACACAGGGUUCGGCGCAAGGCCUUUAAAGAGGUGGAUGCGGAAGCAUGUGACAGCAAUUCUUUCAAAUAUGUUGGUCAAUGGGGAAGUGUGUAAGGGCUCAACGAUCUCCAUUGAUGCUAGGGAUGAUAGGAGGGGGUUGAAGUAUCAAGUCCUGAAUGAGCAGGAGAUGGGAGAUCCGUGA